GUGGUCACGUGGAAUGUGGGUACAGCCAUGCCCCCGAAUGAUGUGACAUCCCUGCUGCACCUCAACACAGGAGAGAGAAAUGAUGCAGAUAUGAUCGCCAUUGGGCUACAAGAGGUGAACUCUAAGAUAAACAAGCGCCUGAAGGAUGCCCUCUUCACAGAUCAGUGGAGUGAGCUUUUCAUGGAUGUGCUGAGCCCCUUCCACUUUAUCCUGGUCAGCACGGUGCGGAUGCAAGGUGUGAUCCUACUGGUAUUUGCCAAAUACUACCACCUGCCCUUCCUGCAGGACAUCCAGACAGACUGCACAAGGACAGGGCUGGGAGGCUACUGGGGCAACAAGGGUGGGGUGAGCAUUCGUCUCUCCAUCUUCGGCCACAUGGUCUGCUUCCUGAACUGCCACUUGCCAGCACACCUGGAGAAGGCAGAGCAGCGCAAAGAGGACUUUGCUACCAUACUGCACAUGCAGCAGUUCGAGGGCCGUGCAGCCAGUGGCAUCUUGGACCAUGACCUCGUGUUCUGGUUUGGGGACCUCAACUUCCGUAUUGAGAGCCUUGACAUCCGCUUUGUGAAGUAUGCCAUUGACAGCAACAUCCUGAGCCAGCUCUGGGAAAAGGACCAGCUGAACAUUGCCAAGAGCACCUGGCCUGUCCUCAGUGGAUUUCAGGAGGGUCCCUUGAACUUCCCACCCACCUUCAAGUUUGACGUGGGCACCAACAAGUAUGACAGCAGUGCCAAGAAGCGAAAACCUGCUUGGACUGACCGCAUCCUCUGGAAGAUCAAGUCUCCCAGUGCUGGGCUUGGCACAGGUGGGCGCCAGCCCAGCCGGAGUGUCCUGUCAGUGAGCCAGCUCUGCUACUGCAGCCACAUGGAGUACACGCUCAGCGACCACAAGCCGGUGGCUGCCAUCUUUGCAGUGCAGUUUGCUUCCAAGGCAGACAAGCCCCCAGUUGAGAUUUAUGUUGCUGACGAAUGGAGCAGGCCUGAGCAAGCAAUUGUCAGGUACAAGAUGGCUGCUGGCUUCCACCGGAGCUCCUGGGACUGGAUAGGACUUUACCGGGUGGGCUUUCGGCACCCUAAGGACUAUGUGUCAUAUGUUUGGGCCAGGAGUGAUGAGGGAGAGCGCUGCCUGGAAAAGCAGCUGUGUGCACAGGUGAUAUUCUCAGAGGAGGCACUGCCCAAGGGGAAGGGCGAGUACAUCCUUGGAUACUACAGCAACACCUCCAGCAGCAUCGCUGGCGUGACUGAGCCCUUCCAGAUCUCCCUGCCCAGGUCGGAGGAGGGUAGCAGUCCCACAGACAGCUCAGGCAGCAGUUCUGAAGAGGAGGACGACAGCACGCUUGUCCUGUUGGCCCCCAAGUCCCGCAGCCCCAGCCCAGGCAAGAUGAAACGGCACCGGAGCCGAAGCCCCAGCCUGGCCAAGUUCCAGGGCCUCAUCCUGCGGCCGUCGAGUCGGGACAGGGGUAUGAGCCGCAGCCCUUCCCCCCAGAGCCGGCGGGGCCUCCCUGGGGACAUCCCCACCAUCCACUUGCCCCAGGAGGAGCCGGCAUGCAGUGGAGCCAAAGGCAAGAAGCCAGGGCAGGCAGCUGACAGCCACGAGGGCAGCUUCUUCUCCCAGACUGUGCGGGAGCAGGGUGGCCCCCGACGCGUCUCUGCAGACAACGCCCUGGCCAGAGCUGACCCCAGAAGCCUGGGGUUACUGCCUGCGCUGCGCUUGGAGACGAUUGACCAGGCCAUGGGCCAGCAGAGGGAGAGUAUGGACCGGGGCUACCUGUGCCGCAGGAUGAGCCCCACCAGCCCCCCAGGCUGCAGCACCUCCCCAAAGGAGGGGAACAGCCCCCAGGAGUGGGACAGCCCUAGCUGUGCCAUGGGCCACUGA